GUCAAAGCACCGAGAGUCGGUCAGUGUUUACAGCACUGACACUAAACACAGACUUAAAGCGAGGCUUAUUGUUUAGAUUUAAAAGAGUUGCAUUAGUAUAAGGACAGAGGAUUUAAUUAAGCUGGAAUUAAACUAUUAAUACUGUUAUAAUAGUGCAAGGAUGGUGGUGCUGAGCAAAAAACCAAAGACCUUCGAGAUCAAACUGCGUGACCCGAGCAAAACCUUCUACUCCAGCGGGGAUAAAGUUGCUGGCAUGGUGGUGGUCGAGGUGUCUGAGGUGACUCGAGUCGCGUCUGUCAGACUGUGCGGAAUCGGUUGCGCCAAGGUGCAAUACAAGAAGGGCAAGCAGCGCUGCAAGGAAGCCCUUGAUUAUCUCAGAUACCAAGAUGUGCUCCAUCUGGAUGGUCAGCCAGCAGAUCUGGAUGGCUGUGUGACUCUCAGACCUGGAAGCAGAUAUGAGUACACUUUUGGGUUUGAGCUCCCUCAGCCAGGGCAGUUAGUUUCAUCCUAUAGAAGCAAGUUCGGGUCGGUCGAGUACUACGUACAAGCGGCGAUGGAGAGGCCGUGCCAGGCUGAGGUUGAGUGCAGAAAGUACUUUGAAGUGAUGGAGCCAAUCGAUGUCAACGCUCCUGACCUUACGUCUCCGGUCGCCGGGGUCAAGGAGAAGAAGCUGACCUGCAUGUUCAUACCCGAUGGCAGCGUCUCGAUCGCGGCCAAGAUCGACCGCAGGGGCUACUGCGAGGGGGAGAACAUCUGCAUCGACGCCAAGUUCGAGAACGCCUGCUCUCGCAUCGUCGUCCCCAAAGCCGCCAUCAUAGCCACGCACACCUACCUGGCCAACGGGCGCGCCAAGGUGCUCCGCGAGAAGAUCUCGGCCGUCCGGGGGGAUCACAUCAUCUCUGGCGUGUGCGACGUCUGGCGGGGCAAGAUCAUCCACGUUCCCAAGCUGAAGCCCACUAUUCUGGGGUGCAACAUCAUCCACAUGGACUACACGCUCAUGAUUUAUGUGCACGUCCCGGGCAGCGACAAGCUAACCCUGGAGCUUCCGCUGGUCAUCGGGACCAUCCCGUUCACCGGCAUCGCCAGUCGCACCAACAGCAUGAGCAGCCAGGACGGAAGCACCACGGCCUCCAGCAGCACGGGGUCCAUGCCGUCCGCCCCGCCCAGCUACAGCGAGAUCCCUCGGCACGGCUGCCCGGUCACCCUCGUCACGCCGCUCCUGGAUGACUACGACGAAGACGACUGUCCCAUCUUCAUACACGCAGGACGGUACCAUCAGAUGCCUCCUCCAGCCUACACCGAGGUGGAAGAGGGACAAAGCAGGAGUGGAAUCACUCUUCAGUCGUGCUAAGCAGCUACAAUGGGAAAUGUUUAGAAAGUAGGGAUCUAUGUAAGGUGGUCAGUUGGGCAAAAGACUGAAUUAAUGGGAGAUUUUGGUUUUGCAUUUCAGUACGUCACAUAAAACGCUUUAACUGAAGGAUAACGGGCUUCCCAAGAAGCAUAACGCUGUUGAGUUUGCUCUGUACUUGUACUUUCUCUGAGGUAUCCUCAGUAUUUAGGAUCUGAUCAUUUUUCAGAUUAAAAUUUCAGCUUUGCCACAUUGGUGCGACGAUACGCUCGCUUUAAUAGUCAUUCCACGUCAACUUCUGAGCGGUCCGGUUCACGCGGACCGUCAGGAUGAAUCUGAUCAGUAAGAAUGUUGUGCAUAUCGUAUUGAAUUAGAUUUAACACCUUUAUACAACUUUGUAUCAGAGUGAUUGAUUUUCUUCCUCAUUUUGCUGUAUAAAAGUGUAUCUGGAACUCGAUCGGUUGUUACUACAGUAUAAUUUGUGCACUUUAUUAUUGUUAUUAUUAUUUUUUGUUUAGUAAUUGUACUCAGUGUGGUUGAACUUAGCACAGAUGAUCUGGUUUAACUGGAGUAUUGUGAAUAAGCACUUUUGUACACGUAAACAUUUUGUACACUGAUUUAUAUUUGUACUCACGCAAGUUCAUAAAUAAAGAAAGAAAGAAAGUAA